AUGGCGGAGGUGACCCACGAAAAAGAGCCUUUGGCCAGUACAUCUACUGCACCAUCUGCUUGGGUGCCGGAAAGGCCGGAAAAAGGGCCAGACUAUUACAGGAGUCGUCGCGAAGAGUUGAAGGAGUUCAUUGCGAAAGAUGAACUUGUACCAAUGCCUUCGGUCAUGGAGACUGUGGCAACAAGGACAAUCUCCCUAUUGACGGUCGAUAUUAAGACCAGGAAAUUCAUACCGGUCAAUAGGGAGCCGAUGGAAGAAGCCCUAAAGGCUUUGAACAUCGGGGCCAAGACGUGUCCAACCAAGAAGCCAGCACCGUCGACGAAGCAGGCACCGGUACCAACAUCAGAGGUGCCUAGAGAAGAAUCAACGAAGAAAGCUUCCGGUAGUGAAUGGACGGAAGUGGUGAGGAGGAGAGCAAAAGUGGCAACCUCACCUCUCCAGAAGCAGCAGCAGCAGCAGCAGGAGCUCCCGGAGAAGGCUGCAGUCAGCCAGCAGCAGGAGCAGAACGCUGAUACAAAGAAGCAGCAGGAUAAGGAGGGAGAAAAACAACAGCAGGAACGGGUGGCCGUCAAACAACAUCAGCAGAAGUCGGAUGGCCCCAGUAAAGGGGCUGCUAAACAAAAGCAGUUGAAGCAGCAGCAUCAGGUGCAGCAGCGGCGGGAGCAGCGACAAAAGUUGCGGGAUCAGCAGCGAGAACAGCAGCACGAGCAGCAGCGGCAACCGGCGCAGCAGGAACUGGAGCAGCAACAGCAGCAGCUGGCUGAGAAAGCGGUCCAACCGGAACAAGUGGACCCAGUUAAAACUUUGCCUACUCUCUCUCUCUCUCUCUCUCUCUUUUAA